CACAGAAACAAACAUUAAUUUGAUUGACUUUCUUGGUCGCUCAGCUCCACCUCUGGGAUUCCGCGGCUUUUCCUUGAACGCGGAAUCCCGAUUCUUGAUACAUUCAAAUUUGUAGCUCUAUUUUUUUAUUGAUUGUUCAAACGUGAUAACGAAAAUCAAAUGGGGACCCCUCAAUUCCCAGAUCUCGGAAAGCAUUGCAGCCUUCCCGAUUGCAAGCAGAUCGAUUUCUUGCCUUUCACUUGCGAUUGUUGCAACAAGGUUUUUUGUUUGGAGCACCGGAGCUACAACCAACACCAAUGUCCAAAAGCUGAAAACCGGGAUGUUACUGUUGUAAUCUGCCCCCUUUGUGCCAAAGGGGUUCGUCUGAAAUCCGAUCAAGAUCCGCAUAUCACUUGGGAGUAUCAUGUUAAUACUGAUUGUGAUCCUUCAAACUAUGAUAAAGUCACUAAGAAGAAAAAAUGUCCUGUCCGCGGCUGCAGGGAGGUCCUAGUGUUCUCGAACACAAUCAAGUGCAGAGAUUGCACCUUGGACCAUUGCUUGAAGCAUCGGUUUGGACCUGAUCAUAAUUGUCCUGGUCCGAAGAAACCUGACACCAGUUUCGGAUUUAUGACUAUGUUAAGUAGGAAUAGAAAAGAAGAGGCGAAAACAAACCAAUCUACGGCCUCAGCUUCACCCAAGUGGUCUAACUUUCUUACUGCAGCUUCGAGCUUUCGAGCUUCAGCUGAAGCAAGCGUGGCAAAAUUGGGUAGUGAAAUUAGUCAAAAGUUCCAGAUGGCGAACAGGACGGGGCAGAGCAGUAGUAGUAGUAGUAGUAGUGGCACCGGGGGAAUGGAGGGAUGCCCUCAGUGUGGGGCGAGGUUUUCCUCAGUUACAACUCUGAUAGAACAUGUGGAGAAAGUUCAUGAAAAGUGUGGCAACCAGGCUCGUCCAAAGGUGACAAUAGAUGUAUGUCCGAAGUGUAGUAAAGGAUUUCGUGAUCCAGUGGCUCUUGUGGAGCAUGUUGAGAGGGAUCAUGGUGGUACUUCAAAAGCUUAGCAAGGGUUUGCCGUUAAAUUUCAUCUGGUUAUAAAUAUGGAGAAGCCGUUGUAAUUCUAUUAAACAUUCCUUUCAUUGAUCUAAAGCUGCACAAAAAACACCAUUUAGACUUU